AUGGUUUCAUACUUAACCUGCUGUCGGUACAAGCAAGCAGAGUUCAUCGGUGAGUUAGAUGCGGUGCUUGAUAAGCGAAGUGUUGCUCUCAGCGAAACUUCUUCUUAUGACAGGAAUAACAACGAGGCCACAGAAGGCGAAGUCGAUCAAAAUGCUAAUAAAGACAACGACAAUGUAGAGGACAUCGUACCAUCCGGCUCCCAAGAUAACGACUCCGACUCCGACACGAGGAGGGAGGUCUCACCCAGUAAACGACCACCAAUCUACCCAGCGGUAUCGGACUUCACCACGCCGUGUACCCAAGAAGCAAUGGCAGCGGAUGAUCCGGCCGAUCGCCGCUGCUAUGCCUGUUAUUACGACUACGGGGUGUCCUUCUCGCAUUCGAACAGAAUUGAGCCAGCUGUCCGUACUCCCUGCGGCCACACGCACGGUACCAUCUGUCUUGAGGAUCAUCUGAAGACAGGCAAAGCCACUUGUCCCGCUAUAGAUGGCAUCGCCAAGCUAGAUCCGGCUAUCGAUCGCUAUCUGUUGGAGGGUCAGAAAGAGACACAUAACUUCGACUUUGCGAAACUUCUCGGAGACCUCUUCAAGCUUUGUGCACGCAUUAUUACCUGUCGGUCUGAACUGCGGAAAGCGAUUCCUGUUGAGAUCUCAAUCGUAGAGGUUUAA